UGGCAAUAAGCAAGAAGUAUAAUGACAUGUAUUGCUAAAUUCAAUUCAAUCAAUUUCAAAAUUAAUUUAAAUUGUGAUUAAAAUAGAUAGGUACGUAGGUAGUUCGUAAUAGAAGCGAAGAACAAGAACAUCAACAACGAUCGCGAUUUGCAAAAAGAAACGACAUUAUCAGUAUCGAAAGUUACUCUGUGAUAGUCCGUAACCGGUUAUUUUUUAUAAAGUUUAUAUUCUAAAGGUUAGUGGGGUCCUUUUCCUAUCUACGUGCUUCCUGAUAUAUAAAAAUACUUUCCCUUUUGUUUUUACACUUAUAAUCGCUGAACUUGAAUAACAAAACUGCUAAUGUCUAACAAUAGCACAAAAAAUAUCAAAAUGCUCCGUGGGAUAAAUAAAAUAUGUGGACCAAGGAGCUUUUUUAUGGAGCCUUAUGUUAGUUCCUUCCAACUAUCUUCUCACUAUUCAUCUGCCAAACCUGCUGCCAAUGCCCAAAAUUUACCAAGACUUCCAGUACCCAAACUUUCUGAUACAUUGAACAAAUAUUUGAAAACUGUGAAGCCACAUUUAAAGGAUGAGGAAUUUGCUAUUACGUCACGUCUUAUUCAGUCUUUUGGUGCAGAAGGAGGUGUUGGGCAAAAAUUACAGGCAUUGCUGGAAAAAAGAGCACAAGAACAUUUAAACUGGCUUGAAGAGUGGUGGUUACUGACAGCUUAUCUUGGAUAUCGUGAUCCAGUUGUGGUAUAUUCUAGUCCUGGCUUAGUGUUUCCAUUCCGUAAAUUUAACACUCAAAACGAACAACUGAAAUAUGCAGCAAAAACCUUACUAGCAGCACUUGAAUAUAAAUCUCUAAUAGACAGUGACAAAAUUCCAACUGAAAUGAUGGGUAAAAAUCCACUAGACAUGUUACAGUAUAAGAAGAUUUUUGGUACUUGUAGAAUACCUGGAGAUAAGACAGACAAAUUAUCUUUCAAUGAUAGCAAAUACGUUACUGUCAUACACAACAAUCACAUAUUCCAUGUGGACCUUUGGGGGGCAGACAAUGUAGUAUUAAGUGAGGACCAAAUCGUCCAGCAGUUAAAACAAGUUAUAGAACUAUCAAAAACUCCCACUGAUAACGCUAUAGGCGUGCUUACAUCCGAAAACAGGGAUGCAUGGGCAAAAGCUUAUCAACUUCUUACGAAAGAUCAAGUGAACAGAGAAUCAUUAGCAGACAUAGAAAAGAGUAUAGUGGUAUUAUGCUUAGACUCUGCUGUUGGCCUAUGGGAUAACAAGGAUAAGAACGCUCGACAGAACAUAGCUGCCGCACAGACCAUACAUGGGGGCGGCUCGCGCUCCAAUGGCAGCAAUCGCUGGUUCGACAAGACUGUACAGUUCAUUGUCGGCGCUGAUGGUGUAACUGGUCUAACAUACGAACAUUCACCAGCCGAGGGACAGCCUAUUGCUGUUUUAACGGACUUCAUUAUUAACUACAUCGACCAAGGCAAAGAAGGUAAAUCAGUAUCGGCGAGUCCUAAGCCACCCGUGCCACUAAAAUUCAAUGUAACAAACGAAGUAUCUGCAUUAAUUAGAACUGCCAAUGAAAGUUUAGACAGAUUGGUUUCUAACUUGGAAUUGAAUUGUUUUACCUAUGACAAGUACGGUAAAAAUUUUAUUAAGUCGCAAAAAUUAAGCCCCGAUAGUUAUUUACAAAUGGCUAUGCAGUAUGCGUUUUAUAGGCUCCACAAAACUCCUGGAGCUCAUUACGAGUCGGCAGCGACUAGAAUGUACAUUGGAGGCCGAACUGAAACGAUAAGAUCGUGUUCAAUAGAAUCUGUCGAAUUCGCUAAAACUAUGCUGGAUUCACAAAGCACGCCCAAGCAGAAGUUCGCUGCUUUACAGAAAGCUAUUCAAGGCCACAAAGAUUAUACAGUGCAGGCACUUCAAGGUUUUGGUGUAGAUAGACAUUUGCUAGGACUAAAACUUAUAGCAAAAGAAAAUGGUAUUGAUAUACCUGAACUGUAUUCAGAUGCAGGAUUUGUUAGAAGUGCUCACAUGAGAAUUUCUACAAGCCAGGUUGCUUGUAAGUGUGACGGAUUUAUGUGUUACGGACCUCUUGUACCCGAUGGUUACGCUACAUGUUAUAAUCCACGCGAUAACGACAUUAAUUUUGCAACGUCCGCAUUUGUGUCCAAUCCUGAAACGGCAUGUGAUAAAUAUCGAGCUGCUUUGGAACAAUCUCUUCAAGAUAUGCAUGAUAUUCUGCUCCAAAAUACCAAAGCGAAGUUAUAAACAGUACCUAAAUUAUAUAUUCUUUUUUUUUAAAUAAAAAAGGUGAUGGUCAAAUAUUUGUAUCCUUGGAAUAUUCAUGAAAUCAUCUAGAUGUGUAUGCUAUUGUCCAUAACAGGGUAGGUUAGGAUAAAAAUUUCUCACUCUCAUUCCUUUGUAAAUACGUCGAUGCCAUUAAAAUGUACUUUUUCAAUCUUCAGACAUCAUAUAAAGUUUGAAAAUUUUAUCACAAAUACAAAUAAUUUUAAUAUGUCUUAGUAUCUUUUCUUUUAAUUUGCAAUGCCUGAGCUACAUAGUAGAACGCCAGUUUCACGUGAGCCGUUAACGUGACUACUUAAUUAUUGUUUUGAACUGUUAGUGCUAUCUGGACAUUUAUUGUUAUGAUAUUUGUUAUUUAUUCUAUUAAUGUGAUAAAAAAUUAGUUAAGAAAUUAGGGGAAAAAGUUAUGUAUCUGUUUAUU